AUGUUCCGAGCAACGUACACUAUCGGCGGAACUCAUAAGGAAGGAUCAGAUCUAAUGGAUGAGUUUGGACUCUGGGACGUACCAUUUUCAUCAUUCUGCAAGCUGGUCGGUAGCCAACAACCAGAUCACCAGGUAGUCGAAUUGAAGGCCAAUUUCCCCGAUGUGUUCACCAAUCGUAUGGGACUGUGCACCAAAACACAAGUGCAUCUCACUCUCAAGUCGGACGCUCAGCCAGUAUUCAAACCCAAGCGGCCAGUUUCGUACAACAUGGAGGCCGUAGUUGAAGACGAGCUGAAGCGGCUUGAAGAUUUGGGUAUCAUCACACCAGUGACGUAUGCAGAUUGGGCAGCUCCCAUCGUAGUUGUCCGCAAGCCGGAUCGCUCCGUGCGCAUUUGUGCGGAUUUCUCCACCGGAUUAAACAAUGCGCUCGAAUCAAAUAGCUACCCGUUUCCACUCCCGGAAGACAUAUUUAAUCGGAUGACAAAUUGCACGAUGUUUAGCCACAUAGAUCUGUCGGAUGCUUACCUACAAGUUGAGAUCGACGAGGAAAGCUGGUAG